AUGGUAGAUAACACUGUGAUAGUCACAACAGUGAAUGGAGCAUGGCCGGAAACAGAGGCAAUGCUAAAGCUUUUCGCUGAGAGUCUUCGCAUCGGCGACGGCACCGAGCAUCUUCUCCGGCAUCUUUUGGUGGUGGCCAUGGACUUGAGAGCUCUUGCAAUGUGCAAGUCUUUGCAUGUUUUUGACCAUUGCUUAUAUUUGGAGUCAGUAUUGAUAAGGAACAGAGAUUUAAGGAAGAACAGGAUAAUGAUGUUGGAAAAAAUUCAUUUAUUAAGCUCAGUUCUUGAUCUUGGUUACAGCUUUAUCUUCACGGAUUUGGAUGUGUUGUGGCUGAGGAACCCAUUGAGGCAAUUCUCACCAAGUGCUCAUCUAUCAAUCAGCAGUGAUUACUACAAUGGCAACCCUUGGGACAUGAAUAACUUGGCCAACACUGGCUUCUUCUAUGCCAAAUCCAAUGCAUUUACCAUUGAGUUUUACAAGUAUUGGUACAUGAGUAGAGCAUUAUACCCAGGCCUCAGUGACAAUACACUGUUUAAUAAGAUUAAAAUGAGUGCUUAUGUUCAGGAACUGGGGAUUCAAAUCAAUCACUUGGACACUGAUUAUUUUGGUGGGUUUUGUCAGCAAAGUGAAGAUGUGAGGAAGGUGAUCACAGUGCAUGCAAACUGUUGUGCUGGUUUGGAGGAUAAGUUGCAUGAUUUGAGGGUGGUUGUUGAGGAUUGGAGAAAGUAUAAAAAUGGGUCUGUAGAGAUUGGAGGGUUUAAGUGGAGGGUUCCUUUAAACUGUCAUCUUUGA